GGGCCCGGCCAACGUCGCGGGGUCACGCCGAGACAAAGAGGCGGAUCAGAAGAACCGCACCCCCCGCGCCCCCCGUGUCGGAUCGGAAGGGCGCGACUCGACUGGACGCGAUCAGCUCCAGGGAACUCACGAGGGGCAGCUGAGCGGCCUCCACAGCACACGGCGACCCCUGGGGGGGGCGGGGGGCAGGAGGAGCCGGAGUCGCCACUCGCGACGGAGCUGGAGGUGAAUUGCAGCCCCACGGAGCUCUCCGCCAGCACCACGGGCCGGUGUGCAGGACUAGAUGCGCCAUGCCCAAGACAUACGAGUUCAAGUGGCAGAAGGAGCUCCCCCACUUCCUGCAGCAGGGAGCCGUGUUCGACCGCUACGACGAGGAAUCCGGCGGCGUGGAGCUGAGCUGCCUCUUCCAGGUGGACGAGUUCGGCUUCUUCCUGCGCUGGAAGAGUGAAGGAAAGGAGGGGCAGGUGCUUGAAAUCUCCCUCAUCAGCAACGUUCGCUAUGGAGCCGUGCCCAAGGACCCGAAGCUGCUCUCCGCCCUGGAGGCGGCGGGUGCGGCGGUGGCGGCCGCCGGCCACCCCGAGGUGGAGCUGGAGGGCCGCAUCCUCUGCAUCUGCAGCGGCGCCGACUUCGUCAACCUGAGCAACAUGUACCUGGUGGCGGAGAGCGCCGACACGGCCAAGAAAUGGCUCGAGAGCCUGAAGUCGAUCAUCCACAACUUCCGUGCCAACAACGUCUCGCCCAUGACCUGCCUCCGCAAGCACUGGAUGAAGCUCUGCUUCCUGAUGAACCCCAGCGGUCACAUCCCCGUGAGAAGCAUCACGAGGACGUUUGCAUCUGGGAAGACGGAGAAGGUGAUCUUCCAGGCCCUGAAGGAGCUGGGCCUGCCCAGUGGCAAGAACGAGGAGCUGGAACUGGCAUCGUUCACCUUUGAGAAGUUCUACGAGCUCUACCACAAGAUCUGCCCACGCACAGAGAUCGAGGAGCUCUUCAGGAAGCUCAACGGAGGGGAGACGGAUUACUUAACUGUAGAGCAGAUAGUCGCCUUCCUCAACGAACACCAGCGCGACCCCCGGCUCAACGAGAUCCUCUACCCGUUCUACGACGCACGCCAGGCGCAGCAGCUCAUCGACGCGCACGAGCCUGAGGCUCAGCUCCGCGACCAGGGGCGGCUGUCGUACGACGGGCUGUGCCGCUACCUCAUGUGCGACGACAACGCGCCCGUCUUCCUCGACCGCCUGGAGCUCUACCAGGACAUGGAGCAGCCGCUGUCGCACUACUACAUCAACUCCUCGCACAACACCUACCUCGUGGGCCGCCAGUUCGGGGGCAAGUCCUCGGUGGAGAUGUACCGCCAGGUGCUGCUGGCCGGCUGCAGGUGCGUGGAGCUGGACUGUUGGGAUGGGAAGGGGGAGGACCAGGAGCCAAUCAUCACGCACGGCAAGGCCAUGUGCACCGACAUCCUCUUCAAGGAGGUGAUCCAGGCCAUCAAGGAGACGGCGUUCGUGACGUCCAUCUACCCGGUCAUCCUGUCCUUCGAGAACCACUGCAGCAAGCCGCAGCAGUACAAGAUGGCGCGCUACUGCGAGGAGAUCUUUGGAGAUUUCCUCCUCAAGGAGCCGCUGGAAGGACACCCGCUGGAGUCGGGGCGACCUCUGCCCUCGCCCAACGACCUCCGUUACAAAAUCCUCAUCAAGAACAAGCGCCUGCGGCCUGAGGUGGAGUCCAAUGGUGAUGAUGAUGCAGAGCAGUUGGAGGCAUUCUGCCUGUUGACGGAGGGAGACCCCAUGGCUCAGGCGAGCAUCCUGGAGGAGGAGGCGGAGGAUGAGGGAGAGACCGUCGAGCCGGAGGAUGAGGCCCACCCCGAGCUGAAGUUCGGCGCGGAGUUGACGGUGGUGGCGGCCGCGGUGGUGGAGGCGGCGGCGGCGGCGGCGAUCGUCAAGGAACGCUCCAGCAGCAGCCUGAGCAGCAGCAAGUCGGUGAUUCUCCGCAAGGUCAUGGAGGAGGUGGAUCACGAGAAGAAGGCCUGCGUGUCGGUGGAGGACGAGCAGGCCUUCAUCUCCACCUACAAGUACGUGGGUGGCACCACCAAGAUCCACCCCUACUUGUCGGCCAUGGUCAACUACGCACAGCCCAUCAAGUUCCAGGGCUUCGACGUUGCCGAGGAGCGGAACAUCCACCACAACAUGUCGUCGUUCAGCGAGUCGGUGGGGCUCGGCUACCUCAAGACUCAUCCCAUUGAGUUCGUCAACUACAACAAGCGGCAGAUGAGCCGCAUCUACCCCAAGGGAGGCCGUGUCGACUCCUCCAACUACAUGCCGCAGAUCUUUUGGAACGCCGGCUGCCAGAUGGUGUCGCUCAACUUCCAGAGCCCCGACCUGGCCAUGCAGCUGAACCAGGGAAAGUUUGAGUACAAUGGCUCCUGCGGAUUUCUCCUGAAGCCGGACUUCAUGCGCCGCCCCGACCGCACGUUCGACCCGUUCUCCGAGACGCCGGUGGACGGCGUCAUCGCCGCCACGUGCUCCGUGCAGAUCAUCUCGGGACAGUUCCUGUCGGACAAGAAGGUGGGCACGUACGUGGAGGUGGACAUGUACGGCCUACCCACGGACACCAUCCGCAAGGAGUUCCGGACACGCAUGGUCCUCAACAACGGCCUCAACCCGGCCUACAGCGAGGAGCCGUUCGUCUUCCGCAAGGUGAUCCUGCCGGACCUGGCGGUGCUGCGGAUCGCCGUGUACGACGAGAACAACAAGCUCAUCGGGCAGCGCAUCCUGCCGCUGGACGGCCUGCAGACGGGCUACCGGCACAUCUCCCUCCGCAACGAGGGCAACAAGCACCUCUCCCUGCCCACCGUCUUCUGCGACAUCGUCCUCAAGACCUACGUCCCCGACGGGCUGGGAGAUUUCGUGGAUGCGCUGUCCGACCCGAAGAAGUACCUCUCGCUGGCUGAGAAGCGGGCGAACCAGAUGAAAGCGAUGGGCAUCGAGGCGAGCGACAUCCUGGACAUACCGAGUGGCGGCACGCUGAGGAGCGACAGCCGUGGCGGCGUCACGCCGGUGCGGGCGAGCGUCACGCCACAGAGCAGCUCCGAGCUGAAGCACUCGGCCUCAUCCUACUACUGCGAGCAGGACAGCCAUGGCACGGAGCGCAAGAGAGACACGGUGGUCAUCCCACAGUUCACCAUCGAAGACUUGAAGAGGAUGAAGGGUUUCCUGAAACUCCUGAGGAAGCAGCAGAAGGAGCUGGUGUGCUUGAAAAGGAAACAGGCGAAGGAGCAGUACGCGGUGCAGCGCGCUCACUGCCAGCAGGUGGACAAGCUGGUGGCUCAGCACGACAAAGAGAAGAUGGGCCUGGGCAAGGGGCUGGAGAAAGCUGUGCGGAAGCGUGGGGAGAGGAAGUGCACCGACCUGAAGAAGGAAAUGGAACUGAAGACUCAGGUGUUGAUAUCAGAGCACAAGCAGAAGGUGAAGGAGAUGGUGGGGCUGCAGACGAAGGAGUGGUCGGAGCUGAUUUCGCGCCACGUGCAGGAAGAGCAGGAGCUGCGUGACGGCCAGGUCGAUGAGCAGUACGAGCUGCUCAAGAAGCUGCUGCUGGGGUCCCACGAGUUGCAGAGCGCACAGCUCAAGAUGCUCCACGACAGGCUGUGCAAGGAGAUGCGAGCUAACCAGACGAAGACCUCCAUGGAGCACAGCAAGGCCAUCAGCCAGGACAAGAGCAUCAAGAACAAGGCUGAGCGUGACAGGCGUGUACGCGAACUUAACAGCAACAACACCAAGAAGUUCCUGGAAGAGCGCAAGCGGCUGGCGAUGAGACAGAGCAAGGAGGUGGAGCAGCUGAGGAAGAGCCAGCUGGAGCAGAUGGAGGCCCUGGACAGGGACAAGGAGCAGGCGCGGGAGAUGCGGCAGAUGUACCGACUGGAAACCCAGAUGGGACAGCGUCCGGCCACCGUGGUGUGACGAGCAGGGAACCUCGGGUCUCCACAGGACGCGCGCGCGGGAGACGCAGGGAGACAAACGCACGCAUCUCUCAAACUCAUUGCCCCCGACCAGCAGAGACGACAAUAACACACACCCCACAACAAAGACAAAUAUUCCCCCCUGUAUAGCCUUAACAUACUGUUGGGGCAAGUGCUGUGAUCGCAACAUACACACACACACUAUUGCCCAGCGAGAAAAUACCCAAAUAAACAAACACACACACACAUCGUUGGUGUAGUAGAGACAGGAACUCAAGCACAUUCACCUCACCGCUACACGCACGCACACACGCACUCACCACUAACGCGCACACCCAUCACUCAGCCAGCGCAAGUGAGACAACCCACACUGAAACACUGUGCCCUUAUUUAAAUGCUAUUUUUAUUUAAAUGCUAUUUUUAGCUGCUGUAGCUGAGUUUCUAUCUUUUUAGACCUAACGUGGGCCGCACUUCGCAGCAGGGUGGGAGACCUGGACUUCAGUCACUCGUGUGCCCCUCCCCCCCCCGGCACAGAGUUCGUCCACUCUCCCACCUGGCGGAUCCGUGCACGGAUCUUAUUUUAUGUUUUGCUGGCGCGACACCUUGUUCAUGCGUCGCAUCCCAGAUGCCACCAAUCACCGCUUGUCCAUAGGCCACUGCAACCACUCCUGGCUAUGGGCACGGAAAUUCUACUUUUUUGAGAGAGGCUAGAGAGAGGGUGUUUCCACGCACCGUUGUCCCCCCCACCGCCCCCGCCUCAAUAAAGCAACCUUCCCUGGCCACGAUGGACGCUUGCUCUUGCCCUGCCAGCUUCCAAGACCUACCCUGUGGUGGGUUCUUUUUAUUUUCGAUGAGACCAUUGAGCCGAGAAGUUCUUUAUCGAUGCCGUGGAGGGUAGGGGUAGGGGUGGGGGGGGGGAAUCUGCCGUGUGACAAGCCCCGUUCCAUGUUGGCACGACGGGAUGACGACGCUUGACAAUCUCGUGCCACAGCCUCUCUCUGCCCUCUCCGCUUGGCCAAUUCACGAAUGGCGGACACGGCUGCGUCAGAGCACCACUCCGCGUCCCUCGGACAGCGAUGCGAGCGAAGCGCUUGGGGUGCUUUUGGUUGAGUGGCAAUUCGAGGUCGACGAUGAGAAGCCAUGCCCUCCGUGCACUGAGCCACUGCGCAUACCAAGGCCUUUUUACCGAGAGAGACACAGCUCCUGUUUAAGUCGCCGCGCUUGUCCAGAGCGAGCGCACGUAGGGACAAGCGCAGCUAGCCCCUGGCAGGCGACGGUCGCUGUGGCACUACCCGAGUUGCCGCUUGCGUAGAAUUAAAGAAGCUCCGACAGUCGUUCAUCUGUCCUGUAUAAUAGUGUACGAAUCGAGAUGUGUGUACUAUAUUUACGUGGCAAAGGUUAUAUCUAUAUAGACUAUAUUAUUCCGCCGCAAUAACCAACGUAAUGGAGUCGUAUGGGUGCGUGCCCAUCGCGUCUGUGGGGAGGCGAGCUUCAGGGGUGGCACGGCGGAUGGACAACUCGGCUUCUGAGCGAUCGCCGGUUGCAUAAAAUACCUCGAGUGGUACUUUGCCGUAGUUUGCCAUGUGAAUCGGGGGUGUCGACUAAAGGACACUUACGGAAUGUUAUGCGACCGGCCGCAAAUCACGUCCAUGACCCUUCGACCCGCCCCUCGCGGCUCACCGUCAAAGUUGUGCGGCCUCGUUCGCGCGUACCUGGAAGACACGGUUUGCUGCCAAUUUUCAGAAUGAAAAGUGCAAGCUGCCGUGGAUCAGCAGCGCCGGACUUGCGAUCCGGGCCGCACGCUUCGAGUCGACCUCCCGCAACCUCUGGGCCCAAUCCAGCAGCGUGAACGAGUUCGCCGCAAUCAGUUGAUCGGCAGGUGGCGUGUGGGGUUUGGGUGAAACUUGCAGGUACUUUCCUUCCUCUUCCAAGACGCCCUGUCAAGCGUGGAAGUCGUCUCCAGAGGGGCCGUCUAGAACCCCCUCUAGCGGGGGGGGGGGGGGGGUGGUGAGGCCCUCCUGCCAGCGGUGGCACGAGCAAGCAGAUUGCAGCUGCACCCUUACCCCUUUUUUACAAGUGGAUUAAAACAAACCCGUUAGGAGCGAGCUGUGGGAGAGAGCCGUUGGGAGAGGCAUGAGAGAGAGUCGUGAGGAGCGAGCCGUUGGGAGAGAGAGCCGUGGGAGAGGCAUGAGAGACAGAGCCGUUAGGAGCGAGCCGUGGGAGAGAGCAUUGGGAGAGAGCAUUGGGAGAGAGCCGUUGGGAGAGGCAUGAGAGAGCCGUGGGAGCGAGCCGUGGGAGAGCCAUGAAAGAGAGCCGUUAGGAGCGAGCCGUGGGAGAGAGCCGUUGGGAGAGGCAUGAGAGAGAGAGCGUUGGGAGCGAGGCGUUGAAGAGAGCCGUGGGAGAGAGCCGUGGGAGAGAGUCGUUAGGAGCGAGCCGUGGGAGAGAGCCGUGGAAGAGAACCGUUGGAAGAGAGCCGUUGGGAGCGAGCCGUGGGAGAGAGCCGUUGGGAGCGAGCCGUGGGAGAGAGCCGUUGGGAGCGAGGCGUGGGAGAGAGCCGUUGGGAGCGAGGCGUGGAAGAGAGCCGUUGGGAGCGAGCCGUGGGAGAGAGCCGUUGGGAGCGAGGCGUGGAAGAGAGCCGUUGGGAGCGAGCCGUGGGAGAGAGCCGUUGGGAGCGAGUCGUGCUCACCCCGGAGGAGGCUUCCCCUCCACUGGCCCAGCGCCGACGCGGGGGAUCUCCAGGCUCGCCUCGCUUCCCAGCGGUGCAGGGCGACCGGCGAUCGCCUUGGCCGAGGCGUGGAAGCAACGGCGUCUGUCGAGAACUCGCGCUAAGUGAUUUUUACGUGUACGUCUUAUCUCCAAUGCAGUACCUUUGGGAUGUGGAUCGGUUAGAGCCUUUUUUCUUUUUUUAAUUCCAAUAGUUUUAUGAUAUACUCCAUGAAGUAGACCGUGUAUUUUGUUAUUUAAGACUGACAAUCCGAACCCGUUAGGCACCCUCGAGUAAAGUAUAUAUAUAUUUGAAUACACGCGUUGCACUGUACCAUAUAUUGUGAAUGCAAUGAGCGUCGCUUAAUCCCUUGUAACCAAUUCUUUGCCAAAUGCAUGUCCCCAGUGACGGUCGUAGAAGAUAGUCCGAGUUGAUCGACGUUUUGGCCAUGAACUAUGAAGUAAACCAGAUCCUUAAAUAAA